UGCCAGAUCUUUUAAUCAUCUCUAAAUGAAUUUAUCUAUCAAUAAACUGUAAACACUACACUCAGUAAAAGACAGUAAACUGAUAGAAAACUGAAACGUGUUGAAAUACAUAAUAUGCACACGCUGUUGGUGAAACAGGACUGACCAAGAUUUGCUCAUUAUAUUAAUAUCAAUAUGAUGAAAUCUCUCUCUUAUCCGGGCUUUUUCUGAUCAUAGUAUGUUAGUACAGUCUCUAGUUUAAAACAACGUGUCCUGGUCAUAACCUCCAUGCUUCACUAUUCGUCUCUACCAACUUAAGGGCAGUGAACGAAGCAGACGCCACCAACGUGCACUGGAUAAUAUGUUUAUGUAAUUAUAGAACGGUACUAUAAAUACAGUUGAGCUGUAGAUGGCCUAAUAUAUCCAGAAUGAUAGGGAUGUUCAAAUCUAAAUACAUUGGUUUAUCUUAGUAUCUUUUAUCAGCUAUUUUCAAAUUAAACUAUUUAAGACGAAACGCUUUCAGUCAGAGACUUUCCGUUUAGCCAUUCCGACGUUAUAUAGCUACCGCCAGCCUACAGUGACUAUAAUCCCUCUGCCGGGGACUCUGCGCGUUUAAGGUGCACAACACAACGCAUCCUGUCCAAACGCACGUAGGUCUAGCCCAGUAUUACAGCAGAGAAGCUCUGGGUCCAAUCCAUCGAUGGUUGUUUGAGGCGGUGUUAAUGAAAGCAAAGUCUGUGGUGCUUGGAUUGCGAGAACUCCGCCCCUGUGUCUGUGUCGUAUAUCAUGCCUGGGACGUUACUGUACUUUGUGCGUUGACACAGAAGCGCACACAUACACACACGCACUCUGCAGUGGUUGCUCUCGUGUGCUAUUCUGCCAGGCUUUCCCGUGCGUAUCCUCAUUGCAAACACGCCCCUCUCCCUCUUUUCUCCUUUGCAGGAUUAAGUCACUUUACUGAGUGUCAGAUCGCUCACUUUGGCUUUUAGGUGAUUUUUUUGUAUUUUGUACACCUGAGGUGCUAAUUUUGAGGAUGGAGGAUUACCAUAAACCCGACCAGCAGACUCUGCAGGCGCUGCGGAACAUUGCCAAUCGCCUCCGGAUCAACUCUAUAAAAGCUACGACCGCAGCUGGCAGUGGACACCCGACAUCAUGCUGCAGUGUGGCAGAGAUCAUGUCUGUGCUCUUCUUCCACACCAUGAAGUACCGCCCUGAAGACCCCAGGAACAUCAAUAAUGACCGCUUCAUCCUGUCCAAGGGGCAUGCGGCUCCGAUCCUGUACGCAGUGUGGGCCGAGAACGGCUUCAUGAAGGAGAGCGAGCUGCUGAACCUCCGCAAGGUCGACUCCAUCCUGGAGGGUCACCCGGUUCCGAAGCAGCAGUUUGUGGAUGUUGCCACUGGCUCUCUGGGUCAGGGACUGGGUGCUGCCUGUGGGAUGGCCUACACUGGAAAAUACUUUGACAAGUCCAGCUACCGUGUGUACUGUCUGCUGGGAGAUGGAGAGAUGUCUGAGGGCUCGGUGUGGGAGGCCAUGGCCUUCGCCUCCUACUACCAGCUGGACAACCUGGUGGCCAUCCUGGACAUCAACCGGCUGGCCCAGAGCGACCCGGCUCCUCUGCAGCACCACAUGGAAAAAUACCAGAGACGCUGUGAAGCAUUUGGCUGGAAUGCCAUCGUGGUGGACGGGCACAGCGUGGAGGAGCUGUGUAAGGCUCUGUCCCAGGCACGCCACCAGCCCACUGCCAUCAUCGCCAAGACCAUCAAGGGCAAGGGCAUACCAGUGGCAGAGGAUAAGAUGGGUUGGCACGGGAAGCCGCUGCCCAAAGACAUUGCUGACGGCGUCAUCAAGGACCUGCAGAGCCGCAUUCUCAACAGCAGCAAGCGCCUGUACCCCUCCAUGCCCUCGGAGGACGCCCCGCCCGUCAGCCUGCGCAAUGUCAGGAUGCCCAGCGCCCCCAGCUACAAAACUGGAGAGAAGGUAGCCACACGGAAGGCGUAUGGGAUGGCGCUGGCUAAGCUGGGCCGCUACAACGAGCGCGUCGUCGCCCUGGACGGAGACACCAAGAACUCCACCUUCUCCGAGAUCUUCAAGAAUGAGCACCCCAACCGCUACGUGGAGUGUUACAUUGCUGAGCAGAACAUGGUGAGUGUGGCGGUGGGCUGUGCCACCCGAGACAGGAACGUGGUCUUCGCCUCCACCUUUGCCACCUUCUUCACCCGCGCCUACGACCAGCUGCGCAUGGCUGCCAUCUCCGAGAGCAACAUCAACCUGUGUGGCUCCCACUGCGGUGUCUCUAUCGGGGAGGAUGGACCAUCUCAGAUGGGACUGGAGGACCUGGCCAUGUUCAGAGCUAUCCCCACAGCAACAGUAUUCUACCCUAGUGACGGUGUGUCCACUGAGAAAGCUGUUGAGCUGGCUGCCAACACAAAGGGCCUGUGCUUCAUCAGGACCAGUCGCCCAGAGAACGCCAUCCUUUACAAUAACAACGAGGACUUCCAUGUUGGACAGGCAAAGGUUGUUCACAAGAGCAAUGAUGACCAUGUGACUGUGAUUGGAGCUGGUGUUACCCUCCAUGAGGCUCUGACUGCUGCUGAGAUGCUCAAGAAAGAGAGGAUCAACAUCAGAGUGAUUGAUCCUUUCACCAUCAAACCCCUGGACUCAAAGACCAUCAUUGAGCAUGCCAGGGCCACUAGGGGCCGUAUUAUCACGGUGGAAGAUCACUACUAUGAGGGUGGGUACCUUCAUGCCGUGACCACAUUGAGUAAAAUAAGAUGUAAAAAGUGCAUAAUUAAUGUGUAUUCCUAGCAGGAAAAGGCGGGUAAAGUGAGACAGAGAGACAGAGACAGAGAUAGAGAGAGAGGGAGAGAGAGAGGGAGAGAG